UCCAGUACUCUACCAUACCUUCGAGGUGAAGCGCUGCGCGUAUGGAAACGGGUGGACGGACACUUCAACCACAGAGCGAACCUCGCGGUGAGGAAUGAGCACAUGACUGAACUGAACGCUGUUGCUGCGCCCGUACUAUUGGAUUUAUCAGUGAUUAUUAGUAAUUCCCGAGGACAGUGUCGUAACAUUUUGGAUAUAUCUACUGGUUCGUGUUCUUUAAAAGCUUUGGGAAACAUAUUUCACUUCUCUCGGUUCUAUAAAGGUGGAUGUAAUGUGCUGUGAGGUUAAAGGUUGAAGAGCGGCCGGCCACUCGCUCUCGAGCUCCUCCUGAAACCAACCACCUGGAGUCAUUAACAGGUACAUGAUGGGGUCCAGGGAGGCUUCAGCACAGGGAACAGCCAUGGAGGGGGACUGUCUCAGCUGUAUCAAGUACCUCAUGUUCUUCUUCAACUUCCUCAUUUUUUUAGGAGGCUCCUUCCUGCUUGGUGUGGGUGUGUGGGUACUGGUGGACCCUAUGGGCUUCAGGGAGAUUGUAGCAGCCAACCCUCUGCUCUUCACUGGGGUCUACAUCAUCCUGGCCAUGGGGGCAAUGCUCUUCCUCCUGGGCUUCCUGGGCUGCUGCGGAGCCAUCCGGGAGAACAGGUGUCUGCUGCUCUUUUUCUUCCUGCUCAUCCUGGUCAUCUUCCUGGCAGAGUUAGCAGCAGCCAUCUUGGCCUUCGUAUUCCGGGAGCAUCUCACCAGAGAGAAGUUUACCAGAGAUCUGAAGAGACACUACCAGGGACACAACAACACCGACGUCUUCACCUCCACGUGGAACGCCCUCAUGACCACCUUUGACUGCUGUGGGGUGAACAGCCCGGAUGACUUUGAGGAGAGCCUGUUCAGGCUCCUCAGUCCAGACAAGAUGGUUCCUGGGGUGUGUUGCCAGGGCAACACGGUGGAUGACCUCAGCAGGGACGAGUGUCUGAGGGGAAGCAUGGAGCUCCGCUACAACAAGGGUUGUUACUCAGCGGUGGUGGAAUAUUUUGAGACGUAUAUCUACAUGGCAGGAGCUCUGGCCAUUGUUGUCCUGACGAUUGAACUGUUUGCCAUGGUGUUUGCCAUGUGUCUGUUCAGAGGAAUCGACCAGUAACCAUGACAACACACACAACUCCAGGAAGACGCUCAACAGAGGGACACAGACUGAUGAAGGAGAAGAGAGCCUGAAGAGAACCACCUGUAGAUUAUUCAUUCAGAUGUUCGGAGAAUAGAAACUAAAGAUAUCCACCUGUAGAUUAUACAUCAGAUGUUCAGAGAAUAGAGACUAAAGAUAACCACCUGUAGAUUAUACAUCAGAUGUUCAGAGAAUAGAGACUAAAGAUAACCACCUGUAGAUUAUACAUCAGAUGUUCAGAGAAUAGAGACUGUAGAUUAUACAUCAGAUGUUAAGAGAAUAGAAACUAAAGAUAUCCACCUGUAGAUUAUACAUCAGAUGUUCAGAGAAUAGAGACUGUAGAUUAUACAUCAGAUGUUCGGAGAAUAGAGACUGUAGAUUAUAAAUCAGAUGUUCGGAGAAUAGAAACUAAAGAUAUCCACCUGUAGAUUAUACAUCAGAUGUUCAGAGAAUAGAGACUAAAGAUAACCACCUGUAGAUUAUACAUCAGAUGUUCAGAGAAUAGAGACUAAAGAUAACCACCUGUAGAUUAUACAUCAGAUGUUCAGAGAAUAGAGACUAAAGAUAACCACCUGUAGAUUAUACAUCAGAUGUUCAGAGAAUAGAGACUAAAGAUAACCACCUGUAGAUUAUACAUCAGAUGUUCAGAGAAUAGAGACUAAAGAUAACCACCUGUAGAUUAUACAUCAGAUGUUAGGAGAAUAGAGACUAAAGAUAACCACCUGUAGAUUAUAAUUCAGAUGUUAGGAGAAUAGAGCCUGUAGAUUAUAAAUCAGAUGUUAAGAGAAUAAAGCCUGUAGAUUAUAAUUCAGAUGUUAGGAGAAUAGAGACUGUAGAUUAUAAUUCAGAUGUUAGGAGAAUAGAGACUAAAGAUAUCCACCUGUAGAUUAUAAUUCAGAUGUUAGGAGAAUAGAGACUGUAGAUUAUAAAUCAGAUGUACAGUAUUUGUAUGUUUAUGUUUCAGGUUUGAUGAUAGGAGAACAGUGACUUGUACUUCACAGCUGGACCUCAGAGGUGCUGUUCAGGCCAGGACAUUGUAGACCAGGGCUGGGGGGGGGGCAAUUCUAUUUCAAAUCAGGAGGUAAAGCCGAAAUGCACAUUCCAAUGUUACACAUUAAAAAGUUGAAAAAAAAGGAGAAUUGGAAUUUCAGUUGUACUUCCUGAAUCGACUGAUUUGAAAUGGAAUUGAGCCCAAUCCUGUUAUAGACAAACAGCAUGAAGUUUGUGUUAUCACGCCAACUCCCUGUCACACUGAUGACCCUAGCCUGAGUGCCGCUCUGUUUGUGUUAUCACGCCAACUCCCUGUCACACUGAUGACCCUAGCCUGAGUACCAGUCUGUUUGUGUUAUCAUGCCAACUCCCUGUCACACUGAUGACCCUAGCCUGAGUACCAGUCUGUUUGUGUUGUCAUGCCAACUCCCUGUCACACUGAUGACCCUAGCCUGAGUGCCAGUCUGUUUGUGCUAUCAUGCCAACUCCCUGUCACACUGACCCUAGCCUGAGUGCCAGUCUGUUUGUGUUAUCAUGCCAACUCCCUGUCACACUGACCCUAGCCUGAGUGCCAGUCUGUUUGUGCUAUUAUGCCAACUCCUUGUCACACUGAAAACAGAUCUGGGGUCAGGCUAUAGAAGGAGACAACAUAUCUGGGGUCAGGCUAUAGAAGGAGACAACAGAUCUGGGGUCAGUGUGUGUGUGUGUGUGUGUGUGUGUGUGUGUGUGUGUGUGUGUGUGUGUGUGUGUGUGUGUGUGUGUGUGUGUGUGUGUGUGUGUGUGUGUGUGUUGAUAUAACCUUGUCAUUAUUUAGUAAUAUGUUCGUUCCAACACUGGUCAUUGAUUGGUGCGUUUUGCCUGAUGUGAAUUCCUGUUAACUACUGUGUUGUGUGUUAGACUUACAACCUGAAGUAUCUGUACGUGUCCCUGAUAUUAAAAUGGAUCCUGUGAAGUGACGGUCCGUGUUCUUCAGAGAGGGGGUGUACGUGUCCCUGAUAUUAAAAUGGAUCCUGUGAAGUGUU